AUGAAGCCUGCAGUGAAAUACGAAGCUGUGGAAAAUAUAAAGACAAGUCUGUUCCCGGCAGUCGGCACCAGGGAGCGUGGACAGCUGUCUAACUGCACGCUUCAGGAUAUUAUGAAGCGACAAGGUGUGGUGAUGCUAACCACCACUAACCUUGGUUAUCUAGACCUGUCCCUAAAUAUGUUGGCUAGUAUCCGUAAAGUAGGUGUCUGUGUCAACACAACCAUAAUUGCAGAGGACAAGACGGUUUACAAGUAUCUGCGCAGCAAGGCCGAGGGGGACCCAGCAGUACACGUGGUCAUGACUAACUCUGGUGAAGUGCAGAGUAGGGAGGUGUGGAGCAAAGAUUUCAUUAACUACUUUGGCCUACUGAAGAAACGGCAGCGGUACUUUCUGAGCCUGCUAAAACAAGGCUUGGAGGUCCUUUUCACUGACUCCGACACAUUUUGGUUUAGUGACCCAUUUCCAUAUUUCCAGGGAGACUUUGAUAUGUCGAUGGUGGACCAGAAAUCACCUUACCCCACUCGCGCUCUAAAUGCUAGUUAUUGCGCCGGUUUUAUAUACCUUAGGCCGACCAACACGACGCUCCAGUUUGUUAGGAAGUGGAUUAUGUCACUGGAGGGAAAGAACAUCAUGGAUCAAUUUGUGAUGAACAGGUUAUUGCGGGCUGAUCAACCCGUGCAUGUCAAAGUACACCCACUGGACAUUCAUCUUUUUCCAUCAGGACCUAAGUUCUAUCAACUUUUAGAGCAAAAUGCAAACUACUCGGCGGUCGUCAUGCAUGCUGCAAGUAUUCAUGGUCACGCUGCCAAGGUGGCUAAAUUCAGAAGUUCCAAUAUGUGGUUAGUCAAUGGGACUAGUGAGGAGUUACUUGCUCGUGAGCACUCAUUGCACGAUAACUAG